GCAUCAGUACCGCGUUCGGAAUCGCAUUCGUGUGCUGGAGUCAGAGCGCGCUGCGGGGCAUCACUGCACCGCCACGGAGGACACACCAUCACAGAACCGGGAACAGGGAAAAGGAAAAAAGGCGUGAAAUAGUGCAGAGGGGAAGAACAGGGCGCUCUUUUUUUGAAAUCACCGAAAUCUGUGGGAAAUUAAACAGGAGCCAGACAUUCACUAAUAAUAAAUACACGAACGCAGCGGACAUCUCAAGCGAUAUUUUUGGCCAGCACGGCGGGGAAAAAUGAAGGAUCGCACGCAGGAACUACGAAGUGCUAAGGACAGUGACGAUGACGAGGAAGUCGUCCAUGUCGACCGAGACCACUUUAUGGAUGAAUUUUUUGAACAGGUUGAGGAGAUCCGUGGCUGUAUUGAAAAGCUGUCAGAGGAUGUAGAACAGGUCAAGAAGCAGCACAGUGCCAUCCUAGCAGCACCCAACCCUGAUGAAAAGACCAAGCAGGAGUUGGAGGACCUCACAGCUGACAUUAAGAAGACAGCCAAUAAAGUGCGCUCUAAAUUAAAAGCAAUCGAACAAAGUAUCGAGCAAGAGGAGGGGUUGAACAGAUCAUCUGCAGAUUUGCGGAUCCGCAAGACACAGCAUUCCACGCUGUCACGCAAGUUUGUGGAGGUGAUGACGGAGUACAACACCACGCAGUCCAAAUACAGGGACCGCUGCAAGGACCGCAUUCAGAGACAACUGGAAAUUACUGGCAGAACAACUACCAAUGAGGAGCUGGAAGACAUGUUGGAGAGCGGGAAACUUGCUAUCUUCACUGAUGAUAUCAAAAUGGACUCCCAGAUGACCAAGCAGGCACUAAAUGAGAUUGAGACCCGACACACUGAGAUCAUUAAGUUGGAGAACAGCAUCCGUGAGCUGCACGACAUGUUUGUGGACAUGGCCAUGCUGGUGGAGAGUCAGGGAGAGAUGAUUGACAGAAUUGAGUAUAACGUGGAACACUCAGUGGACUAUGUAGAGAGAGCAGUUUCUGACACCAAGAAGGCUGUCAAAUACCAGAGUCAGGCACGCAAGAAGAAGAUCAUGAUCAUCAUCUGCUGUGUAAUUUUGGGAGUGGUUUUAGCGUCCACUAUCGGAGGAACCCUGGGCUUCUAAACGACAUGAAGAAAGACAAACACUUGGAAAGCUGAGUGUUUUAUCCACUUAAACACGAGAUAAGGAAACUGUCAUAAAACGGGGGUUGGGUAGGGUUAAAAAUCGAAUAUUCAAAAAUCAACCAAUCAAAAAAUAAAUAAAUAAAAGGAGAUGUUACGUACUAGCUGAUUUAAAAUAUAUAAAAGUGGGUUCAAAUACACAUAAUAUUUACAAACUGUACAUGUAAAUGUAUUGAACAUAAAAGCAGCACAUGGGUUACUACCUGUAAAGGAAUAAAACUCAACUUUUGUUUUGUUUUUUUGUUUUUUUCAGUGUUGCUUUCAUUUUUGGGGGGGCCUCCAGGACAGUGCCAGCAACUGCUAAAUUGUUUUACGUUCCGGCAGAACACGGUGUUUGGCAAACCAUACUAGCAUUACGAAUACUAACCAACUGACUGCAUAGAUGUUAUAGACAGUAGUACUAGUCCGAUUUCAAUGGCCUAACGUUCCGAGUGGUUGCUUGCAUUCAGAUGAAAUCUCGUUUUUUACCAUAUUAGCUCAUUACCGAUGGAGUGCUAUAGAUUAAAAGCACCGUCAACCUCAUAGCUGAGUUUCAGUCUUAAUAGUUUUACUGUGGGCAACUGUAAACAAACAAAGAAAAAAAAGAACUAAGAAGCACACAUCAUUGUGAAUUGUGAGAGGAAGUGAUAU